AUGACAAUAAACUAUUCUGUUAAAUUAAGUAAUGUUAAAGCAUUAAAUUUAAGUUUAAAUAAUGAUACAAAUACUGCAAUUGAUCCAUAUAUAAAGUUUUAUUUCGAUCAAAAUAAAAAAUUUAAAACAGAAACAUUGGCAAAGACUUUGAAUGCCAAUUUCAAAUUUGAAACAUCAUUCAUCUAUCAUACAAAAGGUGAGAAGUUGGAUGGUAAACACUUUGAGAUAGAGGUGUACGAUGCACAUAUCAUUGGUGCAGACAAGUUUGUUGGUGGAUUCUCAAUUGAUUAUACCAACAUUAUCAAUGGUCCCAUUCAUCACCGUAUUGUCAUCCGUAACCAAGGCAAACCAAAUGGAACAGUCGAAUUUGACUUGGAGAUGGCUCAGCUUAACGAAACUUUGCUCACAAUCAAAUCUAUUCGUGCAAAUUUCUAUCCUGGUGCUCUUUCGCCUAUGGAUGCACAAGUUGAGAAAUUCCUCUCAUACAGCAUCCACGACCCCCUUAAGACAUCGUCAGCCGAUCGUGAGAAACGACUGUUAAAGUCUAAGCGAACCACCCAAACUACAUGGGAUGACGUUGACCAGAUUAUAGUAGAAACAACACUCCAACAACUCCUUGCCAAUCCACUGGUUUUCACUGUCCAUCAAUCUCGUUCCUAUAAUGCCACGACCGACCCUGCAUACGGACAGGCCAAUAUCACCUUGCGAAACUACGUAAGUGAUAUCUCACACAUAGGUGACAACUGCAAGAUUGGAUUUGUCGAGCCCAUUCUCCACCAGCAAAUGGUUGUCGGUGCUAUCGAAGGAGAUGUCUUCUUCCACAAUGCUCCACUCACCUGUCAGAUGCUGGGUGGUGUUCACACCGACGUUGGAAUUCAAGAUGGUCAACCAUUCUUUAGUCAAUUCAAACCAUUAAUUGAUAAUAACAAUAGUAAUCGUACAGAGACUGUAGUGACAGCUUCAUUACCAAAAGAACCAGAGGUUCUCCCAGCAAAUUGGGAGAAAAGAGUUGCUCCCGAUGGUUCGAUAUAUUAUGUCGAUCACGCCACUAAGACCUCACAUUGGAGCUUGCCAACAACAACUGUUUCAUCAACACCAAGUGUACCCAUUUCAAUUUCAUCGUCGGUACCAACAUCCAGUCCAAUCUCAAUCACCUCACAAGCAAGUUCAUUACCAUCGAUCUUGCCAAACCAACAAACAGUUUCACCAACAACUCCAAAUACCACACCAACUUCAACAACACCUGUACAGCAAAUUCCACAACAACAAACCAUUCAACAACCAAAACAACAACCACAGCAACCACAACAACAAUUUAUUCAACCAAUACAACCAAUUGCUCCAACACAAAUAAGUGCGCCACCUAAGCCAGCACCACAACAACUUCCACAACCAACUUAUAUUCAACCAGGUGUACAAUUACAAUAUACAAUGGGUGCCCAUGGACAACCAUAUGCAGCGCCAUCCUAUGCACCACAACCACCAGCAGCUGUUGGAGCUCCACAAUACUACUACCCACAACAGCAACAACAACCAGGUAUAUAUCCAGGUGCAUAUCCACAACAAGUUCCACAAGGAUACGCCUAUCCAACAACAGGAUAUACCUAUGCCUACAGAUAUCCAUCUUCAUCUGGUUCCUCCUGUCACGGACACCACCAUUGUCACUAA